AACACGUAUGGCGAUUGGUUGAUUUCUCCGCAAAUAUUCAAAGAAACUUUUAGAUGAAAUGUACACAACAAAUUAUGUCUUAUAUAAUUGCAGAGCCCCGAUGCUCUCGCCAGCGCCAGCUUUAUUUAAACGACAGAUAUAUCCUUCAUUUCGUAUUCAGAGAGAGAGAGAGGAGAGAGAGACAGCAAGUCACCGCGCAGACAAUUAAUCGAAAUCGUCAAUAUAAUUUAUAACUAAUUGUGAGAGACCCUCGGCAAUUCAUACGUCGCACAUAUCUAUACACUCUCGACUGUUCUUUGUAUUGACCCACCCACACCCCCAUUUGCGGAGCAUUCGUCCUCAGAUUGCUCUCAACUUUCACGGCCGAUCGUCGUCGGAGGAGACAAAGAGCCAAGUCGAGCGUCAAAUAUCUAUUUGCCUGCUCCGGCUCGUCGUCGAGUAUCGUCGAGAAUCAACGGAUCGAUCAUGCGACAGCGCAUAUUGUGUUUCUGUGCGAUGCGAGGUCGUCGCGGGAACGCAGCGCCCUGAGAAAGGAAAAGGGAUCCGCGAGCGAGGAUCUCGGACGGACGGGACUGUCAGAUUGAUCGCGUAUCCGCCUGGGCGUCACUGGAGGCGUAUCGAUAACACCGUGGCAUGUCCCGACGACGUGCAAACGUACCGAAAGAUAAGACUUAUGACAGGUGAAUGUUAUAUCUUGGAUGGAACAAUGACUUCGAGUUACUUUGCUUUGCCGAUUAAUAUGGACAGAGUGUGCAGGAUUUGUCUCACCGAGGGUACUAAUCUAUCGCCGAUCUUCUCAACUAAUCAGGAAGUAAACAAUUUCUCAGGUCUCUCUCAGAAGAUACAAGUCUGUGGUUCAAUUGAGAUACAUGAACAGGAUGGAUUACCUUCUUUAAUAUGCGACGUUUGUAUUUAUAAGGCGAGCGUUGCACACGAGUUCAGACAGCAGUGUCAACAUUCCGAUACAAGAUUACGCAUGUAUUAUAAUAAGCCUGCCAAAUGUAAUAUUACGGAUUCUUACACACAGACGGAUCUACAAACGAGACUUGUGCUAUCGAAAAAGUCAGAUCAUAUUGAAGAGGAUUAUUUUGUGAAACAAGACAUGCAGGUGGUUGCAAAUCCACAAGAAUACAUCCAAUCCACUGAUUCGUUUUCUAGAAGCGAAAUCAAUCUAAAUACCAAUCAAAUUCAUAUGUCAGAUGACAAGCUGUUUAUAUGUUCUAUCGGAUUUGAAGGGAGUAAAGAGGAAGCAAAGGAUUCUUGCAUAUCAGAGAGCGAGGUUCACCAGAUGACAAUUGUGCAGGAAGAUGUGCAAGAAGAUACAUCUAACAUUAUGAAUCUACAAAAUAAAGAUGGCGAGACCAAGGAAAUUGAUCAGUAUGUAGAGAAAGACAGUACAGAACAAGAGGAGUUUGUCAGCGAGAACAUACCCAAUGAUAAUGUAGAAGAGGAAGAGAGCAUCCCACAAAAACGUGUGUCCAUGAGAAAAACGAAAUUAGCAUCGACUAAGACAUAUAGCGAUGACGAGAUUGGUGACAAUUAUUACGAGCAGAGCAGCGACAGUCAAGAUUCAAUAGAGUUAAAGUUUAAAUGCAAGGUCUGUUCCAAAAAAUAUGCCACGCAAAAAGGUUUGAAGAAGCAUUCGCUGGUCCACGAAAAAAAGUACAAAUGCAACGUCUGCUUAAAGAUGUUUUACAAACAGGAAAACAUGGAGAAUCAUCAGAAGAUACAUGCGUCGAAGCCGCAUGCGUGUCAACUCUGUCACGCGUCAUUUUCGAAACCCCAGAGUCUCGUGAGACACCUGAAAUCUCACACAGAGAAGGUAAAUGAUAUGAUCAAGCAGAUCAAUACGAAUGAGCGAAAGGAUAAUAAGGAACCGAAGAAAGAGCUCAAAAGCGAAGAUGACACUGACGACGAGACUGGACCUGCGAACGAAACGGAUGAAUUCGAGAACGCGCCUGAGUUGUACAAAUGUGAGAUUUGUAAUCAAUAUUGUUCAUCUCUGAAGAAUUUGAGGAGGCAUGCCCUCAUGCACGGCGAUAAGAAAUACUCAUGUACCGUAUGUAAGAAAUGGUUCUUCAGGCCGGAUACGUUGAAGAAACACGCGGAGAAGCAUGGACAUGGAUUAUUGGACAAUCUGGCGGAUGACAAUAAGCUAUAUGAUUCGGAUGACGAUGAUAUGCCCGUUAAUAACACAGUGGAUCCCAUGCCAGAGAAUGAAAAUGUCAAGAGAGAGGAAAGUGAUGAAGAGGGGUCUGGGGAAUACAAGUGCCAGCACUGUGACAAAGUCAUGGCCACCAAAAAAGGUUUGCGACGGCAUGUGUCAAUGCACAAACCGAAGGCCGAACCCGUGACUUGCGACGUCUGCAGAAAAGUCUGCGCUAGUCAGGCUCGUCUCAUUCUCCAUCAAAGAACGCACAAACCGAAGGAGAAGGUGCCGCGCGAAUACCUGUGUCACAUUUGCAGCAAGGUAUAUCCAAGCAAUUCAUCUCUUACAUAUCACAUGCGAACUCAUACAGGCGUUAAACCACACGUGUGCAAGACAUGCAAUAGCGGCUUCACGACGACGACGAGUCUGGCGAAUCACAUUCGUAUUCAUACGGGCGACAAGCCGUUCGUCUGUCACGUAUGUAGUGCCGCAUUCGCUGUGAGUUCGGCCUUUCGCAGACAUCUAACCCGGCACACUGGUGAAGCAAAUUAUUUGUGCAAAACGUGCGGCAAGGCCUUCAAGCGGCUCAGCACGCUGAAGGAACAUACAUACACCCAUUCUGGCGAGAAGCCAUACGUAUGUAAGACAUGCGGCGCCGCGUACAGUCACAGCGGCAGCCUCUUUGCGCAUCAGAAGCGCUGCCGCGUCCAGUACGGCGAGGUGAUUGUCGACGAUCAUAAUCAUCAUCACAUACCCCACUCGGUCGCUCAUAUUCACGUGAAUAUGAAUAACGUAAAUAACGGAGCAGGAGUACGACCAGUCGCUGUGAUAGGUCAAAUGUUCUAAGAAAGACCAAACGGUGUGUCGCGUAGACUUUUAAUGUCAUUGGCGAGUAAUUAUGAUAGAAUGCUACUGAUGCAGCUGUAAAUCCUAUGUGUUGAAACAAUAAGUGUGCGCACAUGUAGAAAUUACACAUCCUCUGUAAAUAUACAUACAGUUCUUUUUUGAUAAAACAUUCUUUGAGUAUACUUUGCACUUACAAGGCUGUUGCAUGCUAGUGUUUUGCUUUUAGAAACAUAAUAAGUGAUGUCAUUGAAUUAUAAAUAUAAUGAAAUUGACACAUUAUGAAGAAUGAAGUUUUCCAAAUAAAAUGUAAUAAAUUGCUAUUAUUAAAAUCGCGAACUAUUUUUUUAUUAUUUGUGAUGUCAUAAGUAUAAAUAUAUGGGCGCUGCGCAUACAUCAAUA